UAUGCUGUUUAAUAAUCGAUGUCCGAGCUGUCAUUUUUAUUAUACAGUCACACAACAAAAAGGCAGAUAAAACGAAUAUAUAUUUUGUACGUAAACAGAAUAUUAGGCAAUUGGAGUUCUUUAUGAAACAGAAAAAAACUCAGUAACAAGCAUACACACCCGUUGGGAAACAGUAUCGUCAACACUAACACCACUACCACAACCAACAGCGCAAACUGUUUAUAUCACAAAUCAGCUGCCACUAGAAUUUGCUACAUCAACCGCAAUCAGUUUUACUAAUAUUACAAAUAGCUACACAAACACAUUAUGGAUAAGAAAGCUGUCGGAACAGUAAAUGAUGGACUCACUAAAGUAUAUGACAGAGCUGGAAUAUCAUAUUUCGUUUAUAAAUAUCGGGGUCACAAUAUGAUUCCUAUACCUGUAGUGGCGGAGAAUUUAGGGAAAUUAAAUUCACUCACAAUUCGAACUGAUGAUGUUUUAAUAUGCAGUUACCCAGGAACAGUGGUCGGCGGGCAAUUUUUCGAAUACACGCAUGAAAUUUGGCGCCUGAUUAAAGACAAUCCAAAUGCUAUAGUAAUAACUUAUGAAGAAAUGAAAAAGGUUCCCUUUGAAGUAGUGUCUCGCAUUGCCAAGUUGCUCGGGAAGUCUAUUAGCAACCAACUAGCUGAAAACAUCAUUGACAUGUGUUCGUUUGAGAAGAUGACAUCCGAAAAAAGUACCGAGAGUUCCAACUUUACAAAAGAAUUGUUCCGGGACAAUGGAUCUUUUUAUCACAAUGGUCAAAUUGCGACUUGGAAAAAGUGGUUAACUGUAGAACAAAGCGAGAGAAUAGAUGCUUGCAUCCAAUCACAGCUCAUUGACCAGGGAAUCAAUUUAAAUUUUUGAGUUAUUUAAUGUCUUUCAAGUAAGGGUUCGUAACAUUAUUUACAAGAGAUUGUAAACAAAUAUCUGAUGAAAAAUAAUCUAUUUUAUUGGAAUUAUUAAAAUAUUUGAUUUGU